UGCACAUAUGUAAGAUUUGUUCUUUAGGGAAACAUGUUUGGCAGAUUGCAAUAGUGAUGUCAAUGCUUCGCUUAGCGCCUAUAGACUUGCUGUUUUUUUGCCAAACCUGCGAACCGCCGAAAGCACCUAAAAUUACAAUCUGUCAUGGUCAAUUAUUAAAGUCAAAGAAUUCUUCAUAAGAAUGGCAACUUUAUUCCGAAUGUUUUUGAUUAAAAUUUUACCUAAUGUCAAAAGAGUAUACUGAUGCGAAACUCCAACUAUCAAUUAUUUUAGUACUUCAUUCAAAUUGUCAGUAACAUGGAGUUUCACACCUGUCACAAUACAGAAUUGUUUACAUUAUCGCGUGUUUUUUUUUUGGCAGAAUUUGUUAUAGCUGGGAGUUUUAAAGAAAUAGUAAAAAAUAGUUACAAAUAUGGCACCAGCCAUGGCGAAUUUCACAAACGAUAAAGACUAUAAUAAAAUUGCUACAAAAUUUACAAAUAUUACAAAGAAACCGGAAAAAUUCUUAAGUGCGCGACCAGAGAAAUAUGAUGACAUACAAAAUUUGCUGCAAAAUACCUAUCGUUUGGCGGCUAUUGAAGACUCUAGCAAUAAGGCGGCAAGAGUAGAAGUACUUUCAGAACUAUAUGUCGAUGGCAUGGAAGAAGAACAAAUAUGGCAGCAGCUGGAACUAAGAAACGAAUUUGUUAUGUCGACAUUCUUAGAGCAAACAGCAAAACUUUUUGCAUUGCAAGAAACAAAAUUGGAAAUAAGAUUAGAUGAAGGUGAUAGUGAUGUUGGCUCUGAAAAUGAUGAUAACACUGAGAACGACGACAUUGAUGAUGAAGAUGAGAAUGAAGUUACUGAUGAAGAAGACAAUAAUGAGUUAAAAAAUUUGUAUGAUAAUGACAGAGAUGGUGGUGACGAUGAUGAGGACGAUGACGAUGAUGGAGAAGAGUUCGGUUCUAAACAAUCUACAUUAUUUAAAAACAAAACCAAAAAGAAAAAAAUUCGACCAUCUGUUGUAGAUGAUAAAUUCUUUAAAUUGGACGAAAUGGCUGAUUUUUUGGAUGCAGAAGAUGCUAAAGAAGUUCGAAAGCAAAAAAACAAACCCAAAAUUGACGAUAAUGAUGGAAUCGAUUAUUUUGCAGAAGAUCUGGGUGAAGAUGAUGCCGAUGAUGACAGUGAAAAUGAUCAUAUGAAUUAUAAAGACUUUUUUGAUGAAGAUGAAGACGCAGCAGCAGAAAAUAUUAAAGAUAAGGAAAAAGUUGUACAUAAAAGUCAGAAUAAUGAUAAAAAUAAUUUUCACCCGGAAGAUGAAAAUGAUGAUCAUGGUGAAGAUGUCGAUGAGGAAGAUGAAGAUGAUGUAGAUGAAGCUGAAGAACAUAAUGCUUUUGAUAACGCUGAUGAUGAUUAUAAAGAAAAUGAGGAUAUAGAAGAUUCUGAUGUCGAAGAGGCUGCUUUAAGUAAAAAAUUAAACCAAAAAGGUAAACCGAUUGCGCCUGCUUCAGAUACAGGUACAGAUUCUGAUUCUGAUCAGGUAGAUGAAAUGGAUGAGAAAACUAAAUCGUCAUAUGAACAGCGUCAAGAACGUCUUAAUCAACUAAUACAAAAUUAUGAGUCAGAAAUACUCGGUGAAAAACCAUGGCAAAUGAAAGGAGAAGUUCAAGCUACAAAUCGUCCACAAAAUUCGCUGCUUGAGGAGAUAUUAGAAUUCGAAUCAACUUCACGGCCGGCUCCUGUAAUAACAGAAACGACAACAAAACGUUUAGAAGACAUCAUUCGUCAACGUAUUAAAGAUCAAGCAUGGGAUGAUGUAGUACCAAUUGUACGACCUACACAUACAGUACAAGAUUAUCGUAAAUUAUUGGUACUUGAUCAGGAAAAAUCAAAAGAAUCACUGGCACAAAUUUAUGAAAAAGAAUAUCAAAAGGAAAUUGAUAAAUUGGACCCGAAUCGUGACGAUACUGUUGAAGAAGAACCUAAAGAGCAUAAAGAUAUUAAGGAACGUAUGCGUAAAUUAUUUUUGCAAUUGGAUGCUUUGUCGAAUUUCUACUUUACACCGAAACCUGUGGCACCAGAAGCUAAAAUUAUUACAAAUACACCUGCCAUUAAUAUGGAAGAGGUUGCGCCAGUUACUGUUACUGACGCUAAACUUCUUGCGCCAGAGGAAGUAUAUCGUGGUCCCAAGCAUGAAUUGCUGGGUAAAUCAGAACGUACGCGUACGGAUAAAAAUCGUGAACGACGUAAGAAAAAGCAAAAGCAGCGUGCCAUUAACAAAGUGUUGGAGAAGAAAGAUAUACAACGUCAAAAACUGGGUAUACCGUUGUCGAAAAAGGAAGAAAAUGCAAAGAUACUUAAGACUAUAACCAAACAUAGGAACGUAAAGAAGUUGGCUAUGGACAAUGAACAACCCGCACUAAAAUCUUCGAAGGCGUUCUUCAGCAAACUGCAAGAAACUACGACGGCGGCUGCAACGAAGAGAGCUGCUAAGAAGAAAGCGGACUCAACUGCAAUAUCUGCCAAAAAAUUCAAGUUGUAAUAAAUUAUAUUUUUACUUUAGUUAAACUAAAAUAAAUGUAAAAAAUUUUUA